AUGGCAGUUUUCUGGAGCUUUUUAAACAGAUGCAAGGUUCCUGAGAAUGAAACUGCCGCCACAAUUUUGCCUGAUGUUGACGAAAGCAGCUUUGAUAAAGCAGUUCCUCCUUCUGAUCCAAAGGUGCUUAUCGCGAUCGAGUCGUUAGUGCUGCGUCUACGGGGUUUAAACAGGGCCUUGUGCGAUGCGGAAAUAAAGAAGUUUGAGGACAGCGUGCAAUAUUGGUUCCUCACUUUACCCGAUACUAAUGAAUAUAAAUUUUUCCGACGUCGGUUGAAGGAAGCUCGGAAACCUGGCACAGUUGAUCACUUCCCUGAAGUACAUGAAACUUUAUUACCGGAGACAUGUCCACCUCCGCCUCCAAAACCGGAACCCUCAGACUCAUGCACAUCGAAGAAACGUCGUUCUCGGUGGGGUGAUGCCGAUAGCACCGAAGUAAAGAUAGAGGAGCCGUGCCCCGAAAGCGCUGUUGAUCGUUGCACUUCCAUAGCAAACGCUAUUGCUGCAGCGAGAGCGGCGGCUGCUGCCGCUGGGAUUUCAGGCCAGUCGGCCGCCGCAAAGCAUUUCACUGGUGGAUGUAUUCUCACUGCUGAACAGGCAGAACAAAUUCGAUAUCAAAAGGAGUUACAAGCCAUGCAUGAAUUCAUCUUAGCUCAACAACGCUCGAAGCUAAAAGAGCAAGAAUUGUUGUCUCGGAUAGCGGGACCUGAAUACAGCAAAAAACCGAAGUACACCAAGGAUGGACUUGUGAUAAAAUAUGAAUACGACUCGGACGAGGACUGUGAAGGCGGCACAUGGGAACACAAAUUGAGGCAGGCGGAAAUGGAUGCCACUCGAGAAUGGGCGGAGAAACUGACCGAAAUGGGCAGAGGAAAGCAUCACAUCGGCGAUUUUCUUCCCCCCGACGAGCUGGAGCGUUUCAUGGAAACUUUCCGAGCACUAAAAGAAGGUCGGGAUCCAGAUCUUUCUGAGUACAAGCAAUUCAAGUUGACUUGUGAAAACGUCGGAUUCCAAAUGCUUGAAAAAAUGGGCUGGAAAGAGGGUGAAGGUUUAGGUUCACAAGGACAAGGUAUCGUAAACCCAGUUGGCAAAGGCAAUGUGCACAUUGAUGGUAUUGGUCUCGGAAUUGAGAGACCAUCCAACCUAGUUAAAGAAGAUGAUGAAUACGAUGCGUAUCGAAAACGCAUGAUGCUCGCCUAUCGGUUUCGUCCUAACCCCCUGCUUCAGCGACAUUAUCUCUACGCGUUCUUUCUGGCGAUUGGGGGCACCACCCUUGAUCAGUGCUUUUGCUACUCCACGUCUCAAACCGGUGCACCCUGUGUUUACUGA